GCAUUUCUGUGUGCACGCAGACAUGGAUGAAAGAUGACAUUCUCUCUACACCUGUGCUGCCGCCUCCUGGACGGACGCGACUCCUUUGCAGCGACUGUACUAUAAGUGAACGGACAGCUUAUGAGCCCCACUCAAAGCGAGAGAACCACACACCAGGAGCGGGAUGGCGGGGAUAGCAGCGCGGCACGUCCGCGUCCUUCUCGUGGCUCUCUCCCUGACAGGGUCCAUCCGGCCGAGCAAAGGAGCUACGUCGCCUGAUGAGGACCGGGACAGAGAGAGCGACGCGGAGACCCCGUGCGAGUUGAAAACCGUCACCGUCUCUACCCUGCCGGUGCUCCGGGAGAACGAGUUCAGCUUCACCGGCGGAGCCUCGGGGAACGUAGCCGGAGGAGGGAGCGCUGCCGCCGCCGCCGCUGCCGCUGGAGGAGGAGGAGGAGAAGGUGGUGCUGGUGGAGGAGGAGCAGCAGGAGGGGGUGAAUCCCGACUCUUGUUAUUCGUUAGAACAGACCUACCUGGGCGAAUUUCUGUAAUGGAUGAUCUUGACAACACAGCUCUUCCCUACUUCACACUCGAGAUGUCUGGUACGGGAGAGGAUAUUUCUCAGGUCCAUUGGAAGCAGCAGUGGUUGGAAAACGGGACGCUGUACUUUCAUGUCUCCGUGACGGAAUUGGAGCUUAUGACACAAACAACACAACCCACAGCUCGGGAGCCUGCUCAUGUGUUACACGAACACAUGCAUCUGCUACACAUCUCAGUCAUGGGAGGACUUAUUGCUCUCCUCCUCCUCAUUCUCCUCUUCACCCUCGUCCUGUACACACGCCAUAGAUGGUGCAAGCGUCGUCGUAUUCCACAAAAGAGCGCCAGUACUGAGGCCACCCAUGAGAUCCACUACAUUCCCUCCGUCCUGCUUGGUCCGCAGGGUCGUGACAGCUACCGGGUCUCCCGAGGAACUCACCAACAUGGCAGCUCUGUGAUCGGAAUGCCCAUUCGCGAGACCCCAAUUCUGGAUGACUAUGACUGCGAUGAGGACGACGGAGGUGGACACUCACUUAACUCCACACCCAAUCAACUCCAUAACAUGAUCUGUGAUGUGAAGGUCCUGGAUGACUACGGUGUUAACGUUAGCAUUGGCGGACACUCUGACAUCAUGUUCAAGGAAGAUGACAUUAAGCAUAAUUUUGAAAAACAAGCUAUAGAUUCAAACACAGACUCGGUGGAAGAUUUGAUGCAGCAGUUCCAGGACAGCUUCCGUGUUCCCAACAAACCAACAAACAUGUCUCACUACCAGCAUGUCAUGCACAGCUCAUCAACAGGACGCCGGAGGGUCUCCAGCCACACCAGAGCAGCUGGAGGCAUGUAUGGUCCCCAGGGGGAGUCGGGUUCAGAACCUGAAGACGACACUCAGAUGAAGUUUUACACAGAGCAGAGUAGAGGACAAAGGCGCAGUAAAGGCCACUCACAAAGUCCUCUGAAUAAGGUCACCCUGACACUGAUUACCAUCAGCACAUGUGUCAUUGCCAUUGUCUAUGCUACGCAGGACUCCUGCCCCCUUACCGUCAAGGUUACCCUCCAUGUGCCAGAGCAUUUUGUUGCAGAUGGAAGCAGUUUUGUGGUCAGUAUGGACAGCUUCCUGGAUGUCUCUAAUUGGCUGAAUCCAGCCAAGCUCACUCUCUACUAUCAGACCAAUUCAUCAACACAGUGGGUUCGAGACUACUGUGGACAGAGGACUACAGAGCCCUGUGAACAGAUUUGCGAUCAGGACACAGGAGAAUGCAGCUGUCAUGAGGGUUAUUCCCCUGAUCCAGUCCAUAAGCACCUCUGUGUUCGCAGUGACUGGGGUCGCAAUGAAGGUCCUUGGCCAUAUGCGAACUUGGAGAAAGGCUAUGACCUAGUUACAGGAGAGCAGGCCCCAGAGAGAAUCUUCAGGUCAUUCUACAGUCUGGGCCAAGGGUUGUGGCUUCCAGUCAGCAAGAGCUUUGUGGUGCCACCGGUAGAGCUGUCAAUCAACCCCAUUGCCAGCUGCAAGACAGACGUGCUGGUCAUCGAAGAUCCAGGAGAGGUCAGGGAAGAGGCCUUGAUGUCAACGUAUUUUGAGACCGUGCAGGACCUGCUGGCAUCAUUUGGGCCAGUUCGUGAUUGCUCCAAAGAUAACGGAGGUUGCAGAAAAAACUUCAAGUGUGUGCCUGAUCGCCAGUUGGACUCAACCGGCUGCAUGUGUCCUCAGGGGCUGAGGCCAAUGAAGGAUGGCUCAGGUUGCUAUGACUACUCCAGAGGCAUCGACUGCACGGAUGGCUUCAAUGGAGGCUGCGAACAGCUGUGUCUCCAGCAGCUCGUACCUCUUGAAGAUGAUCCCAGUUCCAGUAAUGUGCUCAUGUUUUGCGGGUGUGUGCAGGAGUACAAGCUGGCUGGAGAUGGGCGCUCCUGCCUCCUGCUGUCAGAGAAUUGUGAGGGACCAAAAUGCUCCAGGCAGGAUGUCCGCUUCAAUGACACUCUGUUUGGUGAGAUGCUGCACGGAUACAACAACAAAACACAGCAAGCCAACUUGGGGCAGAUAUUCCAGAUGACCUUCAGGGACAACAACUACAUUAAGGACUUCCCCCAGCUAGCUGAUGGUCUCAUGGUCAUCCCGCUUCCAGUGGAGGAGCAGUGUCGAGGGAUCUUGUCAGAGCCGCUCCCCAACCUGAAACUCCUAUCAGGUGAUGCCCAGUUCAGUGAGGCGGUAGGCUAUCCCAUGGUCCAACAGUGGAGAGUGCGCAGCAAUCUAUAUAAAGUCAAACUCAGCUCUAUUACCUUAUCCACAGACGUUUCUAAGGUGCUGAAAACGCUGUCAGGGGAGAGCACGCGUGACGAGCUCCUGGCUUUUCUCCAGCAGUACGGCAGCCAUUAUGUGUCUGAGGCUCUCUUCGGCUCCGAGCUCAGCUGCAACAUCUUCUUCCCCAGCAAGAAGGCCCAGCAGCAGCUCUGGCUCCAGUACCAGAAAGAGGCAACGGACCAGGGUGUGGGUGGUGGAGGUCGGCGUGAACUUAAGUCUGUUCCCUUCAUCAACUACCUGUUGGUGCUGCAGAAGAGCCAGCUGUUAGCUGAUGACAUGGUGAAUGGGGUGGAGAUCCGCUGUGAGGAGAAAGGAAGCUGUCCUUCUGGUUGCCACCUGUGCCACCACCAGGCCAUGGUGGGAGGAGCGCCAGGAAAAGGCCGCAAUGGGAAUGGCAGGAAUGGGGAGCAGCCUUCUCCCAUCCCCGUCCUGCUGGAAGUCAGCCGAAUUGUGCCCCUUUACAGCCUGAUCCAAGACAACAUCACCAAAGAGGCCUUCAAGAGUGCCACAAUGAGCUCAUACUGGUGUGCUGGAAAGGGCGAUGUCAUUGAUAACUGGUGUCGCUGUGACCUGAGUGCCUUCAGCAAAGAUGGCCUGCCUAGCUGCAGUCCCCUCAAGCAGCCAACUUUACGACUUGCCCCUUACCUUGAGCCCUCAAGCACAACAGUGGCUCUGGAGUGGUUGGAUGUAGAGCCUCUAAUUGGAUGCAAAGUUUCUGACUACGUCAUCCAACAUAAACGAGUAGAAGAUCCUUCAGAGGCAGAAGUCUACACAGGUGAGGUUCUGAGCUUGAUGGAUGACUUGUUUUCUGGUUUGAGUUCAUCUUGCGUUGUUGCUGGGAAACGAAGUGGAGACCAUCCCCAAACUGUGGUGUAUUCAGUUGUCUUCAAGUGCUUGGAACCUGACAGCCUCUACAAGUUUAUCCUCUAUGCGGUGGAUAAUCGAGGCAGUCACACCGAUUCCAGUUUUGUUUCCGUUCGCACAUCCUGUCCUGUAGUGGAUGACAGCCGUGCUGAAGAAAUAGCAGACCGAGUGUACAACUUGUACAAUGGCUACACCAGUGGAAAGGAGCAGCAGAUGGCCUACAAUAUGCUGAUGGAGAUCCCUCCUCCACUGCUUUAUAGAGUCCAACAUCACUAUAACUCCCACUAUGAGAAGUUUGGAGACUUUGUCUGGCGUAGUGAAGAUGAGCUGGGCCCCAGAAAAGCCAGUCUAAUACUAAGACGGGUGGAGACGAUCAGCCUCUACUGCCGCUCCCUCCUGCGCAGCACCCACAUCCAGAGCCGCACAGACACUAUGGCGUACAUCUACUGUCGGAGUGAAGAGGGCCGACCCUCCAGCAACACGUGGCAUAGCUCUUUACACGACAGUCGCCCAGCAUGCAUGGAAAGGCUCAUUUCUGUGCAGCGCAACACAUACAGCAACACCAAACUCCGAUGAGGAAAGAGUUCAGAUUUGAGCAGCGCUUUUUUUUUCUCCUGCAAAAUGACAUCAAUGAUUGAUGAACCUCUUUAUCUGCAGCAAGUAUCUCACGUGACUGGUGUCUUUAUAAAAACCAGGAGAGGAUAAAAAAAAAUAAACAGCUCACUGGGCAUGGUGUUGAAGCUACCAAAAACAUGUUUGGUGUGUGGCCUACUUUUAUUAGAAAACAAGGAUUGUGGAAGAGUCUUUGGAGCAGACAGAAUUCUCCAUCACCAGUGAUUGUGCAUAUCAGUGAGAAACUGCAGUGUAAACAUGUACAAAAAAAUGCCAUUGAGUCAAAAAAAUAAGGUUGGCUUAAAUACAUUGAAUGUAAGUACAUAGUUCAUUUUUGGUGCUUAUCUUGAAAAAAAAGGAGGAAAUAUUGUUACUGUAGAUUAUUUGCCUUUGCUACUUUUAUUAGAACUGGGGAACUGAGGUCUGUGUAAGUCAUUUCAAAUGAUCAUUUCUUGUUUUUUUCAAGUUCACAUUUUGCUUCAGGAUUCUUAAAUCUAGACAUAGAAACUGUAGUUAGUUUUAUUUAACACAAAGUUAUUUCAUGCUUCUGUAUAGAAGUAGGGUUGAGAAAUGUGAUGGUUGGGAUAAUAUCACAAAGCAAUUUUCAUAAUUUAUUAAAGCUUAUAUUUGAAUUCUGAAUUAUAGGAAUUAUAGGAGGAUGGGCAAAACCAUGAAAAAACAUAACUUUCAAAAUUAUUUUCUUUGAAAAUAAAUUGUGGUCAGAGAUUGUAUUUUGUCUGUGGACACGUCAGCUUGCUUAAACAUUAAAGUGAAGGUUAUCUAUAUUUUUAGAUAUGCAUACUGAGAAGCUGUUUCUUAAAACAGAUGCCUUUCAAGGCAUCUUGCAUUUCAUUGGAUGUGAGUGUUAGGGAUACCUAUAGAGAUGAUUUAUGCAAAAAGUAGGAAAAAUGCUAAAACAAUUAAGACAUGAAGUCUUCACCUAAUACUGAUGCUAUGCUAUUAAAACGAUGGUUUCAAGCAUUAAGUAACCUUGUAAUAUAAUGAAAGCAGCACAAGUCACAAAAAGAGACAUUAAAAUGAUCUGCAAACGAAUGAAGAAGGGCAAUGUUUUAUUUGUAUUAAAGAUUUAUUUAUUGGCGCUUUAGUCACAAUUUGGAUCUAAAUAGCUGACUAUGCUGAUUGGCUUUGUGAUGUUUACACUUAUUAUCAUAUUUUAACGCACUAACAGCAAUUUAUUAAAAACUAAAGCAGCAAGUUGCCAGUGCAACCGGCUGCUAGUUAAGUCAUACAUUUGCCAAAUCAUAGUCCGCCCUUUCUAUUUAGCUGUUGCCAUUUGAUAGUAAUAAGGUGGAGAAUGGUUACCAUUUUGCACCUAUACAGUUUCCCUGCAACCCUGCUUCAAGCUGUGCUUUGUUGCACAUAUCUCACUGGGCAGCGUCUGCUGGUGAAAGUUGGAGACACAAAUUAGCAAAAACAAAAAGUUACAAUUUUCUGUUGGAAUCAAACGGAAUUGGCUGCCCACAACAUUUUUUGCAUUUUUCAAAACAGAAAAAAAAAAGUGAAAUUAUUGUGUCACGUUGGAGCAGAGGUUGUUUAAAUGUUCUGGAUGCAAUUUAGUCAUUAAGUGCACUAAUUCAUUUGCUAAUCCCAAAGUUAUGUACAACUGAGUCGAGACUGGUUUCAGUAGCCCAUGUGGUUUCGCUGACUCAAAUUGUGUCUCAAAAAUUAUUUUAACUAAUUAAAAAAAAAUCUCAAGAGACACCAUGGAAACUGAGGAUCUGCACAUAUUAUCCUAAAUGAAUCCUACUCACCAACUGGCACCAACAUUGCCUAUUGAAACACAGAAUAAAGACAAUUUUAUUGCAUUGUAGCAAUACAUUAUUGCUUUAUUAAGACUUAAUGUUAGAAAAACUAUUUGAAUAUAAUUUCUUAUCAUAGUGAUAAAUCAGACGUGUGGCAGCUACAAAGAUAGGGUUAAGUAGGCAAAGGUUAGUUUGAACAGACUAGAACAUAAAAAAAAAUAUAAAAGAUAUUAACUGGCAGAAGUAAGAAACUACCUGGAGUUUCAACUCAUGAAAUAAGAAUCUGUGAUUGUAUGGAGGGAAUGGGGUCCUUUUCCUUUUUGUAUGUCAGUCAGUUGACUUUCCUUCAAAGCCAUUAAUAUUGUUAUAAUGUAAACAAACAAUGCCUUUUUCCAAUAUGUUUAUUUCAUGUUAUAACUUGUGAUAAUAAAUUAUUAUAAUGUAAAUUAUUAAAUGUAAAUAUACCUGUGUUAUUAUGUGGGGUUUGUCUUUUUCUGAAGAAUGUGACAUAUUUAAAAAAAUGUAUAGACAGAAAGAUUGAAUAUUUUUGGUUUUGAAAGUUGAUCUUUAUUUGAUUCGCUGUUGACCAAACAAACGAUCACCAGAAUAUGUCAUAGCAUUUGCAAACAUUUUUAUUCAUUUUAUUUUUAAUUUCACCUUUACUCUUUUCUUAAUUUUUUUCAUUGUCACCCAUUUUUGCUUAUUCUCUGUCUGAUUAUUUUACCAGCGUCCAAUUUCACUGACUUCAUUCACUAAAACACUUUCACUUGUAAUUUAGACCAGUUUCAAUUAUUUUAUGCAAUACAAUAGUGCUGAAAAACUGAGUCAAAACACUAAAAACCCUUGCACACAUUGAAUUAGAUGACAAAAUAAUUAUUAUUGUGUAUGAAAUAUUUGCCACUGUGUAUGAAUAAACAGAACGUUGGAUACUUUGCUACUCCCAACCACCACGGUGAUACCCUGACUGCUGUUUUCUUCUUGUGUUUACGUCAUAUCAGAAGGAACCAAGGGGGAUGUUAUUUCCCAAACCUUAAAGUGUUAACACAUGUUGCAACAACCACAUCCAAAACAGUACUAUUUAUGACAUUUUAGUGCACAUAUUGUUCACUUUUCAAUGAGCAAAGAUUCUGUGAUGAGCUUUUUAACAACUCUAUAGGUAAUGAUGCAUGUUGGGUAAUGUUUCCAAAACUUUCAAGACUUUUCAUGCAGCUCAUGUGCAAUAUGUCGCCUCAUAAUUAAGGUUAUAUAUUUCUAUUUGGUAUUCAUGGAGGAAAGAGAGAUAUUUCAUCAGCAUUAAAGAGAACAUUUUAUGCAAAAAUCA